UUGAUUUAUAAAUGACCACUUUAUAUUACGGUAUAGACUAUAGUCUAUAGAUAAUGAAGCUGUAUAUUUUAAUGUAAAUACCGUAUACAAAAUAAGAACCUUUCUCAACCAACAACUGCUCCUCUAUUUGUGUCUCCUUUCUUAUAACUGUUGCUUAAAGCCUCUUCCAAACAACCUCUCUCUCUACAAUUCCACAAAUGGAAACAUCAGAGAAUUCUCCUCCAACGUUGGAGGACCAAAAUACAUCGGUGUCCGUACGGAGAGCCUUGGAGCUACUCCAUCUGGACAACCAGGACAUGAAAAUUCAGGCUGCCAAGGACAUCCGCCAUCUCACCAAAACAUCCCACCGUUGCCGCCGUCAGCUCCAACAAGCUAUCACCCCACUUGUUUCCAUGCUCCGAGUCGACUUGCCGGAAUCCCAUGAACCUGCUCUUUUGGCCUUGCUUAACCUCGCUGUUCAAGAUGAAAAGAACAAAAUCAACAUUGUGGAAGCUGGUGCAUUAGAACCAAUAGUUAAUUUUCUCAAGUCACAAAAUCAAAAUCUACAAGAGUAUGCAACUGCAUCAUUGCUCACUCUAUCUGCAUCAACAACCAACAAACCAAUCAUCACUUCUUAUGAAACAAUUCCUCUUCUUGUUAACAUUCUUAGAAAUGGAAGCCAACAAGCUAAAUCUGAUGCUGUAAUGGCUCUAUCCAAUUUAUCAACACACCAUGAUAACCUCAACACUAUACUAGAAUCAAAUCCAAUUCCUUUUAUAAUUAACAUUCUCAAAACAUGUAAAAAGUCCUCAAAAACAGCUGAAAAAUGCUGCAGUUUGAUAGAGUCGUUGGUCGAUUAUGAAGAAGGAAUAGUUUCAUUAACAUCGGAAGAAGGCGGUGUUCUUGCAGUAGUUGAAGUUCUUGAAAAUGGAAAUCCACAAAGUAAAGAACAUGCUGUUGGAACAUUGUUGAGAAUGUGUCAAAGUGAUAGGUGUAAAUAUAGGGAACCAAUUUUAAGCGAAGGUGUAAUUCCAGGACUUCUUGAACUAACUGUUCAAGGAACAACAAAGUCUAAGGCAAAAUCAUGUACACUUUUGCAGCUACUAAGAGAUUCUGAUGUUGAAACAAGAUGUGAAAUUGAAGGUGAGACUCUUGAGAACAUAGUGUAUGAUAUUAUAUCUCAGAUUGAUGGUGAUGAACAAUUUGGUAAAGCAAAGAAAAUGUUAGAUGAAAUGGUUCAAGUUAGUAUGGAACAAAGUUUGAGACAUUUACAACAAAGGGCUCUAGUUUCUACCACAAGUGAUGUGUCUAUUACUAGUUGUGCUUCUGAAGUUUCUUCCAAAUGAUGAUAGCAUGGUAUUGAAUUGUGGUCGUGGUUACGGGUACGUUGUGAACAUUUAUAUUGCAUGAAAAUGCAGCCAAUGCGAUCGAAAUUGCGGUUGUAAUUCAGUUGCGAAGACCUCAAAAUCAUCUAUAUUGCAUUUACGGCCCGCGAUUUAAUAUUAUAGAAGAUAAUACAUAGUUAAAAAUGCUAGUCCAGGCCAUGUAUAGGUAUCAAGUGACUGGUAGUGGUAACUGUUAAUAAAUUGAAGCUAUAAGAAACUGAUGUACAUAAUGAUAUGCAAGUGAGUAGUAAAGGGUUUUAUUAUUA